AUGACCGAGUCGAGAACACUCAGAUCUUCAAAACGGCGAAAGCUUGCGGAUCAAGCGCCAAUAAAAGCAAAUGGCGGCCACCCAGAAACACCCCAAGAGGUGAAGCAAUCGAGCGCACUUAGCACAAAGCCCAAGCCCCGUUCUAGCAGCAGGCUCCAGGCGAAAUCACAGAACACCGGUGCCGCCGAAAAGCCUGCACGAUCAUCGCGCACCAAAAGCAAGGACUCUAUUACGGCCCCGAAAAAGAAAGCAAGGGAAGCAUCGAGUACGAAUGGAAAGCGGCUAAAGUCAGCCACACCAGCUGCGCGCACUAGCCGGUCAGGAAGGAAAAUUAAGGAUCCCGAGGAUGAAAAUAUCUGGGAUGUUCCCGUCGAGGACGAAGCGGGAAAAGUUAGUCAGGAGAAAGACGAAAUUGAUGUCAUCUUGCCCCCCGGAGAAGCGCAGCCUCGGAUGGGCCAUGGCGAGGCCGACUCUCUUGCGCUUCAAAUACAAUUACAGCUUGAACUUGCUCGAAACCAUGUUUCUAACAUAUGCGUCACGGGGCCGCAAGACUAUGGACAUUAUGCUUCAGAGCUCAAAUAUUUCUGCGAAGCCGACCAAGUCAGCGACAUGAUAGGCUUUUUCGCCAAGUUCAUACUGGAGAGAAUGAACGGUAGCCAGCUUAUUCCACUGAGGGGGUUGACUACCGAAUAUCAAACCAUCUAUCAACUAAUGGAGCAGACCGUUCUCGCUGGCGAGGGGAAUUCCAUGUUGCUCCUCGGUGGUAGAGGCUCUGGUAAAACUACGGUCGUCGAAACCGCCAUCUCCUCCCUUUUCAAAAUCCACAGGGAUGAUUUCCAUGUUGUGCGCCUGAACGGAUUCCUUCACACCGAUGAUAGGAUUGCCCUAAGAGAAAUAUGGCACCAAUUAGGGCGUGAGAUCAAUGUGGAUGAGGACUUAAACAGGAACUCAACGUACGCCGACACGAUGGCCUCGCUACUAGCUCUAUUAUCCGAAGUACCCGUCGAUGCAGCUGAUACCAUGACCACUACUAAAUCAGUCAUUGUCAUAUUAGACGAGUUCGAUCUUUUCACAUAUCACCCACGUCAAACGUUACUUUAUAAUCUUUUUGAUAUUGCACAGGCGAAGAAGGCCCCCAUCGCCGUUAUUGGGCUUACCACAAAAGUGGACGUCAUGGAAAACAUCGAGAAGCGAGUGAAGAGCAGGUUCAGUCACAGAUAUGCCUUCUUGCCACGCCCUCAGACAUUUGCCGAAUUUUCUGAUAUUUGCAUGGCAGCCUUGACAAUUCAUCCGGAUGAAAUACAAGAUUGUUACGCACAAGCGAGGCAAGGAAAGUAUUCUGAGAUUGUAAGCAGGAUAUUGAAAAAUCCCAAAGGAGAGCAGCUAUCUCGUUUGUGGAAUUCAUAUCUUCAGGAACUCUGGAAAGAUUCACACUUCCAAACACAUCUGAAAUUAAUAUUCCAUCGAACAAGAUGCCCCAGGGACUUUUUUGCCACCGCUCUCUUACCAAUAUCAAAUCUGGCCCUAUGUUCUUCACCCUCUUCUCAUGUACCCAUCCCCACAGCCAAGUCAUUCACCACUGAUGUCCUCUGCCCCGACCCGGCUCCUUUCCCGUUCCCCUCAGAUUCCACUGCUUCAACAAGCACAGUGUCUCUCCCGCUCUCUCUGCUCCUUGCUGCCACCCGCCUAACAGCGAUCCAUGAUCCGAGUUUGAGAUUUACUCAGACCCAAAUCUCGGCCCCGCUUACGCUUACUUUCCCCGCCGUGUAUGCAGAAUACGUCCGGCUUCUCACAUCGGCGAAGGCAUCGGCGUCUGCGUCGGGAGCUGCGGCGACGCCGGGGCGGAUCUGGGGCAAGGAAGCGGCAAGGGAGGCAUGGGAGAAGCUAGUUGGUUGGGGUCUGGUCAUCCCAGCUCCCGGAGGUAGCGGGAUAGGCGACGGAAAGAUGUUCAGAAUUGAGAUCAGCUUCGAGGAGGUCGUCGAUGGAAUGGGCCCAGGUGGUGCCGGUGCCUUGGGGAGGUGGUGGAGAGACUGA